AAGUCUCCUCGGGCUCUCUUCGCUAUCCGUCGCAUAUCCACGCCAUCCCUGCCUGCUCAGGCCCGCCACUGGAGCCGCAGCCAUCCAGGGCCCACUUACUCUGCUUCGGCCUGCCUCACAGAGGCCGGUAGCCCAGGGUCGCCGGGUCGCGGCUGUCCGGUGCGGGCGUCGAGAACACGCCGGGCUUUGGGCUACAGGGCCUCGGCCAUGGAAAUCCCUGUUGAGCUUCAGGGGCACGGGUGAGGCAGGCCCUGGCAGGCCAAGGUGAUGAAGGCGCCUCCAGUUCUUGGCCCUGUGGGCCCCUCGAAAUGACACGGUAACCAUCCGGACCAGGAAGUUCAUGACAAACCGUCUGCUUCAGAGGAAACAGAUGGUCAUUGAUGUCCUUCAUCCUGGGAAGGCCACAGUACCAAAGACAGAAAUUCGGGAAAAGCUGGCCAAGAUGUACAAAACCACACCAGAUGUCAUCUUUGUAUUUGGAUUCAGAACCCACUUUGGUGGAGGCAAGACAACUGGCUUUGGCAUGAUCUAUGAUUCUUUAGAUUAUGCAAAGAAGAAUGAGCCUAAACACAGACUUGCGAGACAUGGCCUUUAUGAGAAGAAAAAGACCUCCCGCAAACAGCGAAAAGAACGAAAGAACAGAAUGAAGAAGGUCAGGGGGACUGCAAAGGCCAAUGUUGGUGCUGGCAAAAAGGUAUGGUUCAUGGGUGGUACAGAAGUGUCAUUAAUUGUUAAGCUUAAUAUUGUCUGUGAAGAGGGGUGUUCUUUUCUAAAUAAUCUUUCUUGGUGUUUUUCUUUUCCCUCUUCUGGAUUGCAGAAGGUAACGUUUUGAGAAGCUCAGUAGCCUAGUAGUUAUCCUAGAGUAGACUGGCCCACCUCUUCUGCUCAUAGACUAGCACACUCCAACAUAAGGCCACAUUGAUUCAGUGACUGCUUUUAAGGCCUGAUUGUUCUAGGAAUUUCCUUCUCAUGUUAAUUGACACAGGCCCCUCAAGGGAGAGCUGAUCAUGUUCCCGAGGAUUUCGUUUUUUUUUAGCAUAGUUUUUGAAGCAGUUGGAUCAAUGUGGCUUGUGCUUUUCAGAUGUCAAACUGCUUUCCUCUCCCGUUAGCUGAGAUCACAGUGAUUUGAGUAGUAGCUUUAUAGCAGCUUUGCUAGCUAAUCUUGACUAGUAGAAUGGAAUUAAGGUGUUGGGUUGCUGAGUAAUCAAGUGUUCUAUGAAUUUUUUCCCCUCUCCUACUGUCUUGGAUUUCUUGUUCAACAGAAAUGAAAUAUCUAGCAGGUACUGCCAUUGGGCACGGUGUGGGGUGUGCCACCUUCACUGAGCUGGCUCUGAUGCUUUGCAUGUUGGCUUCUAGAUGACGGUUUCCAUAGUAUGGCUUAUUAAAACACCAGUGCCUGUUUUAAGUAGUAUCUUAACUAGCAGAAGGAAAAGCUUUCUCAUUUAUUUUGGAAACCCAAAAAGACAGGAUAGAUGGAGGGAGGUAUCUACUAAAGGCAGGUAGGUGCCCUAGUCUCCUUUUAUUUGUAGUUUGAGACUAGUAUUCAGGAAAUAGCUUCAGUGACCCAUCCUCUCUAGGAUGCUGCAAGACUAACAGAUUCUCUUAGGAACAGCAUCCAAGCUAGCUGGUUCUAGCACUUCUGUUAACUAGUCUCCUGUUCCUAAUAGAAAACUUUGAGGUAACCUCCUGAAGCUUGGGGUACUAUUUUAUCACAUGCAUUUUAGUCAGAAUGGCUCCCUAUUCCACAUUUAUAAUGUGCAGUGGGAUUAAGUUUGUAUGGUUUUAGAAAUGUGCCUACUACCUUCUGCCUACCUUUCAAGCUGUCUGCCUGAGACCAGACUCAAACUGACUUGCUACUUUUCCUAUCAGCACUGGUUAAUGAACACUGCCCAUAGACGCACUGCAUGGGUGUUGCAGAUUAUACCUAUUGAUCAGUAAAAUCUUUGAUAUAGAUUUGUCCUUUGAGUCAGAACUUUAGGCUGUGUGACACGGAUUCUUUGCCAGCCUGUCCCUCUGAAAGGUGUUCUGUGGAGCUGGUAAUCUCACUAGCACCAUUUUGAAAGGCUAGCCUAAACUAUUUUGCUUGAUGUUAGAGCUUAAACCAAGGCAUUGGUGGUCAUAUAUUUGCAAAGUAAUUGGAUUUUUAUUUCAGCUAAAUUUUUGUCACUUGUAUACCUUGUGGUAUCCAAGAUUGGUAUAAAGUAUAAAACAUGAACUGAACAGAUUUCAAAAGACUUGCCUAAUCCUGUGGAGUUGUCCCAUUGGAGUCUAAAGAUUCCCACCAAAGGGCCCAGCCUCAAAUGCAUCCCCCCUUCCAUGUGCUGGUAGUGGCAAUAUGGGUGUGGCACACUCUGGCACUAGUGCUUGUUACUUUGUAAACUUUGGAGUCAUGGUAAUCAGGGAAGGUGGUAUGCAAGGAAUGUUCUACACAACCACAGGGUAGUCACCUGAGGUAUCUAAUUGCAUGUACUUCACAUAGAUAGCUUUGCUAUUUGAGAAGGGACUACUAAUGAGCUGUCUGUUUUCCUCCUUCCCAUCCCCUUCCCUGCCACUGAUUCAGUGAGUGGAGACUGGAUACAGGUAUAAUUCAAGCUACUAUGUAGAUCACUAGACUCCUUGUUACUGACGUAGUUUGAACAAGCACGUGAACAUUUUUAAGUAGAUUUGCAAGUGUAGUUUGUAACAGUACUAACAGUGACUGUCUAAAAUUCAAUGAAGUUGACUUGUUUUUUUUUUUUAUUUUAAUUUCUAACGUGAAUGUUAGUUUAGUUUCUGUGUUUGUAUCAUUCUUACGGUUUCUAUUUUAGGUUAAUACUUGUGCUGCAUGAGUUAUUUUUAGAAUUUGUUUGUCUUUGAAACCUUUUCAGAGCUGUCGCUGACUGAAUUUCUUUCUUCAUUUACAGCCAAAGGAGUAGUUCUACGGUGACUUGAUGUUCUGCUGUGAUAUGCAAAUUUCUGAGGGUAAAAUAAACUAAAAAAGCUUCUGCGA